AUGGCUAGUCUUGGCGAACUUAUCCAGAGGAAUAACUCAGAUCCUCGUGAACGCCUGGAACUAGGUCAGCACAUACUUUCUCAAUUACAAAUAUCGAAAUUGCCAUCUGAUUCGACUCUUCUUAAUGAUUUUUGUGAUCUUGUCGUUCAGUGGCUCUCUGGCUCCAACUUCAAGGUGGCGCUUCUCGCUGUCGAAAUAAUUGACGUGGCAAUUGAAGUAUCGGGUGAUGUUCUUGCUCCAUAUUUGAUUGAGCGAAUUUCAUCGUUAAUUGAACGACUUGGUGAUUCUAAACAGAGCGUUCGUGAUGCAACCAUUCAGCUGAUUGCAGCCUUAGCAAAUACGCCACACUGUAGUCCUCAGGUCAUACUUGACAAAGUAACACCAGGUCUAACUCAUCGGCAAUGGCUGGUUCGGAUCGGCGUUAUGCAUGUUAUUUGUUGCAUGUUACAACAAAAAUUGCGACAUAAAUCAUUCGAAAUUACAUUUCUUGAAAAUGGCCCAGCAAGGCCAACUUUAUUCUAUUAA